CAGCAUUCUUGGUUCAAGCGGAUUCCCAUGCGGUGUAUCGUGGGGUCGGGUGCCGCCGUCGGCGCCGCCCUCGGCGCCGCCCUCGGCGCCGCCUUCUGCUCCCGGGCAGGCAUGGUAUCCGUCGCGCCGCUGGAAAGGAAGAUCGACCCCCUGAGGUGUAUGGGCAAUUGGUACGUGCAGGUGUCCAUCCCGACGCCGUUCGACCGCGGGGCUGCGAAUGGGCUCGAGCAGUACGAGUGGGACGAGGAGAGGCAGCGCGUGAUGGUGAAGUACACUUUCAACAGCGGCUCCUUCGAGGGCAAGACGAGAGAGGUGGCGCAGGUAGGCCGCGUGCACCCCGAGAGCGAGCACGGGACCACGUGGCAGGUCGCGCCGUGGCUGGGCCUGUUCUACCUGCCCUUUUGGCUCGACUACAUCGUCAUCGACAUCGACGACAGGGACUACUCCUACAUGGUGUGCUCCUCUCCCAGCACCGGCGGCCUGGCCCCCUGGAUGUACAUCUCGGGGGCAGAAGGUGGUAGAGGACGACUACCUGGAUAG